AUGGAAUAUACACAUCAAUAUUCAUGGAUCAUACCUUUUAUUCCAUUCCCAGUUCCGAUGUUAAUAGGAGUGGGACUUCUACUUUUUCCGACGGCAACGAAAAAUAUUCGCCGUAUUUGGGCUUUUCCUAGUAUCUUAUUGUUAACUAUAGUUAUGAUUUUUUCGCUUGAUUUGUCUAUUCAUCAAAUCAAGAAUAGUUCGAUUUUUCAAUAUGUAUGGUCUUGGACCAUAAAUAAUGAUAUUUCUUUAGAGUUUGGCUACUUGAUCGAUCCACUUACUUCUAUUAUGUCAAUAUUAAUUACUACGGUUGGCAUUCUCGUUCUUAUUUAUAGUGAUAAUUAUAUGUCUCAUGAUCAAGGAUAUUUGAGAUUUUUUGCUUAUAUGACUCUUUUUAAUAUUUCAAUGUUGGGAUUAGUUACUAGUUCAAAUUUGAUACAAAUUUAUUUUUUUUGGGAAUUAAUUGGAAUGUGUUCUUAUUUAUUAAUAGGCUUUUGGUUCACUCGCCCUAUUGCGGCAAAUGCUUGUCAAAAAGCAUUUGUAACAAAUCGUGUAGGGGAUUUUGGUUUAUUAUUGGGAAUUUUAGGUCUUUAUUGGAUAACGGGUAGUUUGGAAUUUCGGCAUUUGUUUCAAAUUAUAAAUAAUUUGAUUUCGAAAAAUGAAAUGAAUCUUUUUUUUGUUACUCUGUUUGCUCUCUUGCUAUUUUCUGGCUCAGUUGCAAAAUCUGCCCAAUUUCCUCUUCAUGUAUGGCUACCCGAUGCUAUGGAGGGACCUACUCCAAUUUCUGCCCUUAUACAUGCUGCUACUAUGGUAGCCGCUGGAAUUUUUCUUGUGGCUCGUCUUUUUCCUCUUUUCAUAGUGCUACCCAAAAUAAUGAACGCAAUAGCUUUUAUAGGUAUAAUAACAGUAAUAUUAGGAGCUACUUUAGCUAUUGCUCAAAAAGAUAUUAAGAAAAAUUUGGCCUAUUCUACAAUGUCUCAAUUGGGUUAUAUGAUGUUAGCUUUGGGUAUGGGAUCUUAUCGAGGUGCUUUAUUUCAUUUGAUUACUCAUGCUUAUUCAAAAGCAUUGUUGUUUUUAGGAUCUGGAUCCAUUAUUCAUUCAAUGGAAGCUCUUGUCGGAUAUUCUCCAGCUAAAAGUCAAAAUAUGGUUUUUAUGGGCGGUUUAACAAAACAUGUACCAAUUACAAAAACUUUUUUUUUAGUGGGUACACUCUCUCUUUGCGGUAUUCCACCCUUUGCCUGUUUUUGGUCUAAGGAUGAGAUUCUUAAUGAUAGUUGGUUGUAUUCACCAAUUUUUGCAAUAAUAGCUUGUUCUGCAGCAGGAUUAACUGCAUUUUAUAUGUUUCGAAUUUAUUUACUUGUUUUUGAGGGAUAUUUAAACGUUCAUUUUUUGAAUUUUAAUGGAAAAAAAAAUAGUUCAUUCUAUUCAAUAUCUUUAUGGGGGAAGAAACAAGUAAAACUUAAAAGAAAAAACGAAAAUUUUUUCUUAGUUUUACUAAAAAUAAAAAAGAAUGAAAUCACUUCUUUUUUUAUCCGGAAGAGAUAUCUACAUCGCGUUAAUCAAAAUAUUAAAAAUAUAAAACAUCUUGUUUUUGGUAUUAUGCAUUUUGGCACUAAAAAAACUGCUUGUUUAUAUCCUAAUGAAUCUAACAAUACUAUGCGAUUUUCUAUGCUUAUUUUAGCGCUCUUUACUUUAUUCGUUGGUGCCGUAGGAAUUUCUUUCAGUCAAGACGGAAUACAUUUGGAUAUUUUAUCAAAAUUGUUAAUUCCGUUUAUAGAUCUUUUACAUAAAGAUUCAGAAAAUUUUAUGAAUUAUUAUGAAUUUUUCACAAACGCAACUUUUUCUUUGAGUUUCACUUUUGGGGGAAUCUUUAUAGCGUCUUUUUUUUACAAAUCGGUUUAUUCCUAUUUAAAAAAUUUGAAUUUAUUCAAUUUAUUUGAAAAAAGUUUUCUUCAAAAAAAUGUUGCCGAUCAUUUUCAAAAGAUCAUAUAUAAUUGGUCGUAUAAUCAUGGUUAUAUAGAUGUUUUUUAUGAAAAAUAUUUAAUUGCCAGUAUCAGAAGAUUAGUGAAAUUCAAUUCUUUUUUUGAUAAAAAAAGAAUUGAUGGAAUUACGAAUGGAAUAGGUAUUACAAGUUUUUUUCUAGGAGAAGCUAUCAAAUAUGUGGGGGGUGGCCGAAUAGCUUCGUAUAUAUUAUUCUUUAUUCUAGAUAUAUUAAUCUUUCUAGUAAUUUUAUUGUUACAUCGAAACAAAUAA